AAACGUCAUCAUUGUGCGCGCCGUGUGCUGUUUUGGGAAGUCGCGCCGUUCAAUCACCUCGAAGAUCGAAGAGGCGAUUUUUAAUAAAACAGGAUGCCUCUACCCGCGGCACUGCUGGCCCGCUUGGCCAAGAGGGGGAUUGUUAAACCGUCAGAGCAAGAGGUAGAUGAGGAGAUUAUUGCUGAGGAUUACGAUGACAACAACGUAGAUUACGAAGCCACCAGACUGGAGAAUCUACCACCAAACUGGUACAAAGUUUUCGACUCUGCUUGUGGUCUUCCCUAUUACUGGAAUGUGGAGACAGAUUUGGUGGCCUGGCUGUCUCCAAAUGACCCAACUGCAGUGGUAACAAAACCUGCCAAGAAAAUUAGAGUUGAAGGAGGAGAUGAGAGAAUUGAGAGGCAGUUUGAGAAGCCAGACAGAGAGCGAGAGCGGGAAAGAGACAAAGAUCGGGAACGGGAACGGGAAAGAGACAGAGACAGGGAUGAUGGGAGGGACAGAGACAGACGAAAGCAGCGGAGAGAUGACAUAGCACCGUACAAUAAGAACAAAAGAGGGAGAAAAGAUGAUGAGAUGGACCCCAUGGAUCCAAGUGCUUAUUCUGAUGCCCCAAGGGGCACAUGGUCAAGCGGUUUGCCCAAGCGUAAUGAAGCAAAGACGGGUGCGGACACCACAGCAGCGGGGCCUCUGUUCCAGCAGCGGCCGUACCCCAGUCCUGGAGCCGUGCUUCGGGCUAACGCAGCAAACCAAAUACCCAAAGAGUAAACCGAUCUCCGGGGAACCAGCAAAGACACAGCUGCGUAGUUUGUCUUCCCAUUGCUCGCAUCUUAACAUCUGCCGGUACAGCCUGACAUCGCUUUAAGUUUUCCGUUCAUUCUGAAAUGUGUAUACUUGUCAGAAAUUUGAGCGCUGGGCUUUUACACCAUCAGUGCAUUCAGACUCCAUCAAACGUGUAGAGCAGUUGUAAAUAUGUUUUUAUAUGACCUAAAGAUUGACGUUCUUGUUGUUACUCGGGCCUUUAGUGGACAUCAUUUGCUAAUAAAUGUAGAAUUUACUGUGAAAAUGACUCAACUUUUCUUUAUGGCAUGGUGGUAGACCUUAUAACAACAUCCGUACAUAUAAAAUUCUUGACAAUGUUUUAUUACAAAAUGCUUUCAAAUCUUAAGACAUCCAUUAUUUUUGAGUAUUAAAAAAAACAACAUUUAAGUUGGGAUGGUAUCUGGAUAGAUGUGGAUCAGUGGUCUACUGCUCCCAGAUAGUGACAAAUACAGUCAUAGUCCAGUGUGAACACUUUCUCCUCAUGUCGGUCGAGCUGGACCAUCGCUCUGCACUUGUUCUUGUCCCGCUGGAGAAUACGGCCGACCUGAAGAAACAAAUGUAAAUACUGCGAUUAGCAACAGUAAAAACCAGCACACACAACCUGCAGGAAAGAUGAUCCUUUGCUCACCUGUCCUCUCUGCUCACCCAGAACGACCAUUAUAGAAUCAU